GAGGCGCCGAGGAAUUGUCCCCGCUCUUCUUCCAGGUCCUGGUGCUCCUGCCGGGCGGCCUCGCCAUGCCUUACGCCAACCAGCCGACGGUGCGCAUCACGGAGCUCAGCGACGAGAACGUCAAGUUCAUCAUCGAGAACACCGACCUGGCAGUAGCAAAUUCCAUCAGGAGAGUCUUCAUUGCUGAAGUUCCCAUCAUAGCCAUAGACUGGGUCCAGAUAGACGCCAACUCCUCCGUACUCCAUGAUGAGUUCAUUGCACACAGGCUGGGUUUGAUCCCACUUACCAGUGAUGAUGUUGUUGAUAAGCUGCAGUAUUCUCGGGAUUGCACCUGUGAUGAAUUUUGUCCUGAGUGCUCGGUGGAGUUCACGCUUGAUGUCCGAUGCAAUGAAGACCAGACCCGCCACGUCACAUCACGUGACCUCAUCUCCAACAACCCCCGAGUUAUACCGGUGACGUCCAGGAGCAGAGAUAAUGACCCUAAUGACUACGUUGAACAGGAUGACAUCCUCAUUGUCAAGUUACGGAAAGGCCAGGAACUGAGGCUGCGAGCGUAUGCCAAGAAGGGGUUUGGCAAGGAGCACGCCAAGUGGAACCCCACAGCAGGAGUGGCCUUUGAGUACGACCCAGAUAAUGCCCUGCGCCACACCGUCUACCCUAAACCAGAGGAAUGGCCAAAGAGUGAAUACUCUGAAAUUGAUGAAGAUGAAGCCCAGGCUCCAUAUGAUCCCAAUGGAAAGCCGGAGAGGUUUUACUACAACGUAGAGUCCUGUGGCUCCCUGCGUCCUGAGACCAUCGUCCUCUCUGCAUUGUCUGGCUUGAAGAAGAAACUGAGCGAUCUCCAAACCCAGCUGAGCCACGAGAUCCAGAGCGAUGUGCUGACCAUAAACUGAGUCUUCUCCAUCCCCCAGAGUAGCACCAGUUCCUGAGACUCUUACAAUGUUAGUCAGGAGACUGUUGGCAUGGAGACAGAGUCUGAUCCUUGCCUUCCAGCCUCUGAGGAAGACUGUCUGUUGAUGUUCUCCUGCUGCUUUGGUCUGCAACUCCCAUCAGCCCCAGCCAGCAUUACUGAUGGUCAGGGAUGAUGGGAGUUGUUGUCCAAAACAGCUGGAGGGCACCAAGCUGGGGGGAAGGCUGAUGCUUGCCAUUUUCCCUACAGAGAACU